CGUCCCGCCCCGGCGCCGCCCCGGUGCCGCCGGGGGAGUCAGCGCGGAUCGGCCCAGCAUGGAGGGGACGCGGCGCGCCUUGCUCCGACUCAUUGCUGCUUGCUGCCUGCUCUGCGUCCUGCCAGGAGAGGGACAAAAGACAGCAGAUGCCCUGGUGAUACCAUCACCUUCUAGCUCAGUGCUACUCUCACAUCAGCCAAGGGAAGACUCUGUCUUCAGUUCAGUGACUACUGCCAAUCCUGAGACAAGCCUGGAGAAAAACUUCACAGCUGCAGCAUUCAAUGCCACUGGAGCUCAUGAUACAGAGAUGGAGGAUGCCUCCAUCCCUACCACCCCCAUGGUGGGAACCAAGGUGGAGAGACUGCAGGCUGCCACCACUGUCAGUCCUGGGGGCAUCACAUUUGAGCAGCAUGAGCACCACACCACGAGCUUUUCAGUCAACAGCAGCACUGAGAUCCCCUCCCCUCCCCUGACUGCCAGUACUCUGGAAGAAAACCAGACCAACCACGAAGUCACAGAGCCUUUCAGCACAACUGAUGACAUGGAUGAUGCCAGCAGUGCAACCACAACACCUCUGAACAGUGUGCCAGCAACAACUAACAGCUCCCAGCUGGGGUCUUCUGAUGGACAGACUAUGGGGCCCACAACAGCAAGGUCUGAAACCAGGCCAGGAACAAGCCCUGUGAGUGCCACAGAGGAGAGCACUGUGGAGCCCAGAAUCUCUUCUGUUCCCAUCUCCACAGCAGGGAGCAUAUCCUCUGCUACUGUCUCUGGUACCGUAACCCUUGUGAUCAGCUCUACCACUGGCACCACUGCCAUCCCCACCAGUACAUCUUCCUUGGAGCAGCCAGUAGACCCUAUUCAUGAGAAAGCUUCUGUGCUGGAUGUUGGUGAUGAUGAAAAUCCAGAGCUACCCAGUUCUCCUUUGGCUGAUACAACGAGGGCUGAUCCCUUGGUAAUCACCGUGAUCUCUGUCUUCAUUGUCAUGGUGGGCAUCCUCGGCCUGGUUGGCUUCCUGAGAUACCGCCAGCACAACAGCCGCAUGGAGUUCCGGCGUCUGCAGGACCUGCCCAUGGAUGACAUGAUGGAGGACACCCCUCUCUCACUCUACAGCUACUAGGCAACCAGUCUGUCCUCUGCUUGUCCAGCUGAACUUCCCAGAGGAGAAAGCCUUGAGGACUUGGUCCCAGACAAUCUGCUGAGGAACAAGGGGCUGUGAUUUGGACGUAACUGAAAGAUCCUUUUCAGACGGCUUCUGGUUUUAGACAUUUUGAAUAAUACGGUGUUGAAGUUUUUAUGCUGGGAAUCAGAGCCCAAGUCUGGCCCUUUCCUCCAGGCUCUCCUCAAAACACUGCCCUGAAGAGGUGCCUCCUUUUAGCGUGGCGACCAAUUAGCCAAGACAACCUUUGCCAUCACACUGCAUGGAUCUCUUCUGUCCCUUUUGGCGGCUGCUGCUUUCAAAGGAGGUGGGCAAAUGAUCCAUAACAAGAGCUCUUAACACUGGGGGAGUGAGCACAGUGCUAGCAAAGGAGACUGCUGUUUUCUGAGGGACGCAAGGAUGUAGAGACCUGUUCUCUUGGGCUCCCUCUCAUUCUGUAUUUUUAAGGUUGGUUAUUUCGACUUUUUUCUUGCACUUUUUUGUUCCUGUUUCAGCUUUAGUAUUGGGAUUCGCACUGCCCAUCCUGAAACACCUACCAGGGAGAUAGCAGAGGCUGCUCUGCUCCUUUCCUAGAUGCAUACCUGUUCUCUUUAAGCAGGAAAAACAGUUUUGUGGCCACUGGAGAAGUGCCCUUGCUACUUGAUGUUGCUUUGAAGUUGCUGGAAGGAAAAUUAGCAUAAUUUUAGCUUAACAGGGCUUCACAAGACUCAGUCUGUUGCCAAUUAGACACACUAAUUUGGUCUUACCAAAAUUAGGGAACCAGGUCUCCCACACUUGAUGCAUUCAGCAGAGGCAUAUACUCCAUGCCCAGGCUCAGUAAAUGCUUUAAUCCAUUUCCCUGCCUGGAUCAAUGCAUGGCUUCCCUCAGGUACCUCCCAUUUUGCUGCUAGCAUCUGGUUGCUGAAAGUUGUUGUGCAAAACCAGUACUGCACUCUCCCUCUUCUGCUUUACUUCCUCAUGUUGGUCUUUAUGUCAGUUAGUGUCUUGUCAUAAGGACAGAUCCUGGAUGUAGGUGCCUUCCUCCUCGUCCCUUUCCAGGUGUUAGGCUGAUUAGUUUCUGCACUUUUGCCUCAAUAUAUCACUGCUGUAGACUGCAUUCAAGGCUCUUGAAGUCUCUCAACUUCAAGAGCUGUAAGUCUUGUGUAAGUCUAAAGAUCAUCAGGUCCCUUCGCCUUAGAAAGACCACAGGGUGUGUGACAUGAAAGUCUUGAAGUAAUUAAUACCUGGUUCUGUUUUCUGAUUCACAUUUGACUGCAGGCAGAGAGGAACACAUGCCUUCUCUACAGUGUUUGAUUCUCUACUAAGCCAGUUGCUCCCUCAGGGUACAGCAAGGGCUAGAGAUUAUCUCCUGCUUUGCUCUUAAAAGCCUCAGUCCCUCCUCUCCUUUCAGUGGCAACACUCACUGACCCCACAAGGGAGAGAUACCAGGCCUCACUGCCAAAAGUACCUUUCUUUUCCAGUGCUGCUAUUGCUUGUCUCAGCAGGGAAAGGGGAAUUUCCCCACCCACAGGGCUCAAAUUGCCUGCAAAGCCCAAAGAUGGACCAGAACCAGUCUAGGUCAAACAGGUGAACUGGGUCAGGUUGUAGUUCCUGCUUCCUGCAUUACUACUUCUGAAGUGGAUGACAAAUGGCUGCAGUGCAGUUUGUGUUCAGCUGUUGGCUUUGGCCUUGCAUCUGUUUAUUGUAAGGAUGCCCAGUAAAAUAGGGAAGAAGGGUUGAUCUCUCCUGCUAUUGUUGCAUGAAAACUAAAGGGCAGUUGUCACAGCUCCAAAGCUUUUGUAUCAAGCAUUGUCUGUGCAGAACAAUCUCCCUAGCUACAGACUUGUUUCCCCUGCUGGAGGGCAGGGUGCAACUGGUUUUGGCACAAAGAGAGGCAAGUUAAUGGUGGAAAAUAGAACUCCAUCCUGGCUGGGACUGGUGGAGGCUGGCAUAGCUGAAAAGUGUCUGCAUACAACUGAAAGGGCAGGGGCUGGUUCUGGUUUCCCAUGCAUCACUGUCCAGGAGAGAUGGGUGAGGUAGAAAACUCGCCCAACACCAAAGUGCAACUUUCUUUGUAAAAUAUGUUAAUAGUGGAUUUUUUUUUUCUGCAAUAAAGUUACAAAUGCCAAA